CAGGAGAUGGAACAGAUGAUCAGCAUUUCGUUUCAGAGAAGGUAUCAGGGUAUGAGACCAACCUGUACCUUUACUCUGAAGAAAUGGAGGACCGACCUAGAAUAUCGACCCUCAUUAGCUCCCUCGCCAAUUAUUCGAACACGAUUCCUCCCGCAUCGAAUGACCCCGAUGCGAGACCUGCAGCAGGCGGUGCGCGGAUGGGAACCCUAAUAGGAGUGUAUCUUCCUUGUAUCCAGAAUAUUUUUGGUGUUAUCUUGUUUAUUCGUUUGACAUGGGUCGUUGGUACAGCGGGUGCCUUACAAGGAUUCCUUAUAGUAUUUUGCUGUUGUUGCGUUACGAUGUUAACUGCUAUUUCUAUGUCAGCUAUUGCUACCAAUGGUGUUGUUCCUGGAGGUGGCAGUUACUUUAUGAUAUCCAGAUCCAUAGGACCAGAAUUUGGGGGAGCUGUGGGUAUGCUAUUCUACACUGGUACCACACUUGCAGGUGCCAUGUACAUAGUAGGAGCAGUGGAAAUUUUACUGUUGUACAUUACCGACCAGCUUACACUGUUUGGCGAUAUAUCUAACGAUGACGUAAAAUUUAAUAACUUCCGAGUCUAUGGUACAGGAGUACUAUUGAUAAUGGGAAUGAUUGUCUAUGUUGGUGUAAAGUUUGUCAAUAAAUUUGCAACAGUAGCUUUAGCAUGUGUACUUUUGUCAAUUGUAGCGGUUUAUGUUGGCAUAUUUGUAAAUAUAAACGGAAAUGACAACCUUCACUUGUGUCGUUUGGGCAAUAGAUUCCUAAAAGUUAGUGAUCCUUUUACCGAUUGUCAUAAAAAUGUUAGUGGAGUUUUACAUAAGAUGUUCUGUACCAAUGAAACUGACUAUAAAUGUGAUCCCUAUUACAAGAAGCACAAUACAAGUAUUGAAAGAGGAAUAAAAGGAUUAUCAUCUGGAGUUUUCUUUGAUAAUAUUUAUGACGGGUUUUUGGAACAAGGCCAAUUUAUUACCAAAGGUAAACUCCAAGCUGAUUUAGAAGUAAUGGGAAGUGAUCAUUACAAUCAAGUCUUUGCUGACAUUACUACCAGUUUUACGAUACUAAUUGGUAUAUUUUUCCCAUCUGUUACUGGAAUUAUGGCUGGUUCUAACAGAUCCGGUGACCUCGCAGACGCUCAGAAAUCUAUUCCUAUCGGAACCAUUUGUGCCAUAUUGACCACAUCUACCGUUUAUCUGUCGUGUGUAUUGUUAUUUGCCGGCACUGUAGAUAAUUACUACUCAGAGAUAAGUAAGUUUGGAGAAUCAAUCGGUGGUAAGCUGGUGGUAGCGAACAUAGCUUGGCCAAAUCAAUGGGUUAUCCUGAUCGGUUCAAUUUUGUCUACGCUAGGAGCUGGUCUGCAAUCUCUAACUGGUGCUCCUCGUUUAUUGCAGGCUAUUGCUAAAGAUGGCAUUAUUCCAUUUUUGGCACCCUUUGCAGUAUCAUCUAGUAAAGGAGAACCCACUAGAGCAUUAAUUUUAACUUUAAUUAUUUGCCAAGGAGGCAUUCUGCUCGGAAAUGUCGAUAUUUUAGCUCCUUUACUUUCCAUGUUCUUUUUAAUGUGCUAUGGAUUUGUAAAUCUUGCCUGUGCACUGCAAACUUUAUUAAGAACGCCAAACUGGAGACCAAGAUUUAAGUACUACCAUUGGUCUUUAUCAUUUAUCGGACUCUCUUUAUGUAUAGCUGUUAUGUUUAUGACUUCCUGGUAUUUAGCGUUAUUGGCAAUGGCGAUGGCUGGAAUAAUUUACAAAUACAUCGAAUAUAGAGGAGCUGAGAAAGAAUGGGGUGAUGGAAUUAGAGGAUUGGCACUUUCGGCUGCCAGAUUCUCGUUGUUACGAAAAGGGUUAACUAUUUGUGCAUCUGUAAUUAACGGUGAUUUUACAAGAUCAUACGGCGAAGCUAUGGCUGCCAAACAAAGUCUUAGUAAAACAAUGGAAGAAGAACGAGUUAAAGGAUUUGCAGAAAUUUUAGUAGCAAGGGACAUAACAGAAGGUUUAUCCGAUUUGAUUCAAACGGCAGGAUUAGGUGGACUUAAACCGAAUACAGUAAUAUUGGGAUGGCCUUAUGGAUGGAGACAAUCGGAAGAUGAUCGCACUUGGCAAGUGUUUUUAGAAACAGUCAGGAAUGUUACUGCCGCAAGAAUGGCUUUAUUGGUUCCUAAAGGUAUAAAUUUCUUCCCGGAUACUAGUGAUAAAGUUGUUGGCAAUAUUGAUGUUUGGUGGAUAGUUCAUGAUGGAGGUUUACUUAUGUUAUUACCAUUCCUGUUGAAACAACACAGAACAUGGAAGAACUGCAAAAUGAGAAUAUUUACUGUAGCGCAAAUGGAGGAUAAUUCUAUCCAAAUGAAAAAAGAUUUAAAAACAUUCCUUUAUCACCUAAGAAUACAUGCUGAAGUUGAAGUUGUCGAAAUGAUGGACCACGAUAUUUCUGCCUACACUUAUGAACGAACCCUAAUGAUGGAGCAACGCAACCAGAUGCUCCGUGAACUUCGCUUAAAUAAAAAAGAAAGUCUUGGUGUUGUCCAAUCUAUAGUAGAUCAACAUCAUCAAAAUGUAGAUACUAAAAUAGCAACUAAGGUUCGAUUCCAGGAACCUGGUUCUGAAAAAGAUAACAAAAAUGAUCUUGAGCCUACCAAUGAGCCUAAAACUGAAACGAAAGAAGAUUGUGAUAAUUCCAAAGAAAAGGAUGAUUCUUCUGAGAAAGAAAAAGAAUGCUCUAAUGAACAUAAUCAUACAAAUUCAAUAGAGGAAAAUAAAACCCCUAAAACACCCGACGAGGGUAAUGUUCGUCGAAUGCAUACAGCUAUACGAUUGAAUGAAGUAAUAGUGAAUAGAUCCCAUGAUGCUCAAUUAGUCAUUUUGAAUUUGCCAGGGCCGCCCAAAGACACCAAGAUGGAAAGAGAAUCUAACUAUAUGGAGUUUUUAGAAGUGCUAACAGAAGGUUUAGAAAGAGUUUUAAUGGUGCGAGGUGGAGGAAGAGAAGUUAUAACAAUUUAUUCGUAAUUGUUCUACAACAGUACGACGCGACGUCAAAUGUCUACAAAUACACUACCACUACUACUUCAACAACAAAUCAAAGAACAUUAACUACCUAUUUGAAAUGACGAUGGCGUAAUUACGUUAACAGUAUUUUAGUAUGUUAAACAGAAUUAGUGAUUACACCAAUUAUUUAUUCUUCUUAAUGUCUUAGAUUACAUUUAACCUAGUACGAUCGUUUUACUAGGUUCCGUGAUUCUUGAAACCAAUGUAAUAUGUAUCAAAUCAAAAUGAAAUUUUAAAUAAGUGCUCAUUUUCCUACAACAGGAGAUAUAGCAAUACGGCUCCUAACCGUAUUAGAUAAGAUUGUAUUAGGAUAUAUAGUUAUAAUACACGUACACUUAUAGUGUAAUAUUGUACACUAGUUCUUUCAAUCAAAUAUUUCUUUUUCCGAAAAUUUCCCAUUUCGAAUACCAUUGGAGCCUUGUAUAUGCAGAUUCGAAACUAUCGUGAUCUCUUAAUGUUAGGAAUAAUAACAAGUAUCUACAUUUAAUGCCACUCCAUAGAUACCUUCGCAGUAGAAUACCAUACAAUCUAAAAAUGGCAACAAAAAGGAAUGUUUGAUGAAAUGAAACAAGUAUAUAACAAGUUUUAACUCGUUUCACAGCUAUCUGCGGAAAGUAUAGCUACAUAUAAAAGCGUACUCUUAGUUUUUUGUUGGUUUUAAUGUAUGUUAAUAGGUCUUUAACGUCAUGCCGAAUGCGUACAUUGGGUCUAAAAAGCGUUUAUUGCAGUGAAUGAAGCAAUUUGGUUUAUAGACUAAACAAUAAGUCAUGUACAUUGACCAAGAGAUUUAAGCACAUAACUAUACUGAUCUGUUUAAACAUACCUAAUAUUUUUUUUUCUAAAAUUAUGAUGUUUCAAUGUCCUCGUUCGAUAAAUAACUUAAUUAGUUGUAUGCGUAGAUGUCUCUUACGAUGUCGAGUGGGAAAUUGACUAAAUUCCAUUGUGCAAACAAAAAUUUGGCUUUUUGAUAUAUACUGAUAUAACUGAUUAAAAAAAUUAUUCAUAUUUCAAGAAUAUACACAUUUACACACAAACACAAACACUUUAUAUAUAUAUAUAUAUAUAUAUAUAUAUAUAUAUAUAUAUAUAUAUAUAAUUCCCAAAUAAAUUAAUUUGCUUCAAACAGGGUUUUCACGUAACACUUAAUCCUCAUUAUCUCUUUAUAAAAUCUGUCUGUUUAUCACGACGACAUUGUACCUACUAGCAGAUCCUGGAAGGUCUUGAUCCUAAAAGAAAAUGUGUGGUGAUAUUUUUUACUGCGCAUAAUUAGGAUUUUAGUACCAUCCAAGAACUUGCUAGUAUAUUGUUGCUAGAUUUGAUUCUUAAACACGAAACAAUAUACAUAUUAACCGAUUUUCGUUAGUCAAGUUCUGUUCCUAGUAUUAUUACAUACAGGUUUGGCCCUUCAAAAGAAUUCACCCCGAUAUUUGGAAAUAUUCAUUGAAUUUUGUGAAAAAAUCAGGUCAAUUUUUAUUCCAAAGAGGAUCUCCUUUACCGAUAUAAAUAUCUCUAUGGCCAAUUGCAGCCCUGGUCUCCCUCAGCAAACCUCUGCAUUUGAUACGGUCUAUAGCCAUUCUCCUCUACGAUCUACUGCCAAGGAGAUUUCUUGCGUCCUUGUGCGUGUUGGUACCAGCCAGCCCUGUUUUAACCCUUGUGUUAUUUAAAAUGGAUCUGUCAUCUCAUGUUGCAUCUAUAUCUGAGCCCCUGUAUCCGUUAUCGUCACUCGGAUACACAGCAUGCACCUCGUCUACUUUUUACGUUCAAAUGCUUGUUGCUGAUCGAUUUUCUAUCAAGUCAUGGUUUAUUUGGUUCACAACAUCUCCUGCAGGGAUAUUAAGGUGCCUUUGUGUAUAUUUUUGAUGGGAAAUAUGGUAGAACUGAUAAUCAUGUGUUUACUAAUUUCAAUAAGUCAAUAAGAUAUUUGCCGUUUUUAUUUGUGUCUAUAUGUGCUUAAUUAUUCCGAUGUGUUUUUUCGCAAUGCCUAACUUUGCGUUUGUGUCACAUAUAACUAUUUUGAUGUCGUUUCUGGUGUUAGGUCAUAUGUUUGUUCUAGUAUUUGGUAAAAACAAGAUAAGUUGAAGAAGUGCGUCUUUAUUCGUGUCCUACAAAUUCGUUCAGUAACUGCUUGAAGAUCUGUUAUGCGCUGUUUCAGUUUAUUAUCAACUAUAACUGCCACUCCAAAUUCCUUAUUUCCUGUAUAUAAACCACUUGACAAGAUGGUAUGUGUUUUUGGAUUCUGGAUAUCCUUCAAAAAAAGUUUGAAAGUUCUAACGUUCCAAGUACAAAAGAAAAAUCCAUUUUUCAAUAUCGUUGCUUUAAUAUCCAUCCAUUUCGAGACUUGUUUUUCGGAUUCUGUUAACAGCCUGUCGUCCAAUCCUCCUCCUUUCCAUUUUCCUGCGAUAGAAUAGCAUCAAAAAUGCUUAUUUAACAUCGCUGUUAAACGCUACCAACAACAGUUCAAAUAACUAAGCUUUUGCAAAUUCUGUCAGUGUAGUUUUCGACGUGACGGAACAAAUUUGUCAUUAAACUAGCAAAACAUAGGCGAUAUGUUAAAUUUUUAAGUGGUGUAACACUUUUAACAGUGUUACACCUAACAGCGCAAUACUACACAUGAUCUAUUUGCUAUUUCAAAUGGUUAGGCUGGACGAUAUUGAGGGGCCAACCCUGCAUAUUGUUUUGUGUUUAAACAAUAUAUGAAACGAAAUAUUAUUUGAAAGGUAAUGAGGACGGUGUCGGUUUUUUCAUAAAUUAUAUUAAUUUGACCAAAUAAUAUUGAUAGAUUUCGUUAGUUUUACUAACACGAGUUUUAAUAAUUAUUGAUUUUUUAAAAUUGGUAUCUACUUGGUUUUGACGCAUUUUAAAGCUGGUAAAAUGAAAUGUAGUAAAUCGCAUAAUUUUUUUAGGUGGUAAUUUAAAUAACGUAUUCCGCGUACCUAUAAAUCUAAGAAUUUUGAGCAAUAUUAACUUAAUAAAUAAUGAAUACUUACUGUAUUAAAUGUCAAAUUAUGAGUGAUAGAAAUAUAAUAUUUAGUAAGUUCUUAGUAACAUUUUAUUCUGCGGAGAUUUCUGGAUAUUGGCAAAUUUUUUAUACUCCAAUCUUUCGAUUUACCUCCCAUUUUUGAAAUAUCUAUAAAUUCUGUAGACUAAAUAUGUUACAUAGGUAUUUAUCUUAUUAUGUACAAUCUUCUAAUAAUGACGGGGUGCAAAUUUCUCUCCGUCCUAAUGCAAGCCCCCAACUUAAAAAUCAGUAUAUCAGAAACUUCUUAAGAUCCAACAUAUCCAUAGCUUACUCAAAUUUUAUUAGGUAUACAUUUAUCAUCGUGAAAUAAGUAUUUAUAUAUUAAUUGAUGUAAUAAUCAAUUUUCCAGAAACAACAAAAAACAAUUUUUUCUGAGGAAAAUUAAACAAAGUAAUGAAUAAUUAAUUGAAUAUUUUCUAAAAAGUACAGUUAAAGAUCGUUAUACAACUUGAACGUGAUCCAGAUCUGCUUCGAAAAAUUUGGAUAUAAGUAAUUAUUGAAAUAAAACAGCAUAUCAGGUUAUGUGUGAAAAAAAAACAGAAAUUGGUUUAUUUCGUUUAAAUUUAACUCUCAGGUUUUUUUUUAUAAUAUAAUUGAUAUUAUAUUAAUGUCAGUGGUACGUACGUAAGCCAUAUAGCCUAAGUAAUUAAAGUAAUCAAAGUUACUUACUCUGAGUCCUAUUCUUUGAUCAAUUUUAAACUAAAGAAAUAUUACACCACCAAAUAAAUACUCAAUACAAAAACUAAUUUAGAGUUUUUUCACGCCAAUCUUUUUUCUAUAUUUCCAACACAUUAUUAAAACUUUUCUUUCUAUUAAGAUCAUUUUAAGAAUUGUGUAACAUGAAUUACUAAAUAAUUAAAUGUUUCAUAUGGACAAGGCAGUAGAGAAGAAUGUAAUGCGAGAAUAAAUUGAUUGCUGUCAUUUAUGAGAUAAUCUAUAGGUACAUUAAGGACAAACUACAAAACAAAAUUAAUAAAAUAUAUGAAACCAAACUGGACAAUCCUUAGAAAGACGAUAACAAUCUAAAUUACAUGAGCAAUAGUAUUUUAAUUACUAACUUCAGUGCGUAUGGGGGACAGAAAGGUGUAUAUUGGUCUACCAAACCAGUACAAAGGCAUUGCGGUGAACGAUGAACGCACAAACAAUUAUUUAUGGCUACGCAAAUGACAUCAUAUUAAUCUCGGAUAGUCUAAAAACGACACAAGAAAUCCUAGACCUGAUGGAGGUUCGAGGAAAACAUAGAAUAGACAUAUUAACAAAUACCGCGAAAUCAACAAACUCGUAAAAAGAAAAAUUAAGCGAGCCAAGGAAAUUUAGCUCGAGAACUCAUAUAAUAAAAUAAAAGACCUCCAAAAAAAACAUAAAGACACAAGAAACUUAAAUAUACCUCCGGAGUUAGAAAACUGAAAAAUGCUCACGUACUUAAAAACACAGACACAACACCACUGAACAUCAGUGAACUUUUUGAUGAUGCUUCUCGAGAAAAUGUUACAUACUACCCGUGACAACUAGUUAGAAAAUACAGCAAGCCAAAAAUAAUAAAGCACCUGGACCAGAUCAAAUCCCUGCUGAGCUACUUAAACUUUUGGACGAGGAAAUCAUUACCUACUUAAUCACUUUCUUGAAUAAAAAUUUACAACGAAGGAAAAAUACCAGAUAUUUGGUUGGAGUCACUCUUUAUAACAUUACCAAAGAAAAGCAGGUCCACCAAAUGCAGCUACUUUAGACUAAUGAGUUUGAUGAGUCACAUUUAAGACACUUUUAUUAAUUAUACAAAACUGAGUAUUCAUUAUGAGCGAAAGUAGAAUGAGUAAUAAGCAACUUGAAUGUACAAAUGGUCUAAGAACUACAAAGGUACUACUUUGUAUGAGCUAAAAUACUUAUUUUCCUCUAUCCAAAUUGGAGAUAGUCGUAAUGAAAAACUACCCAUCAAACGUGGGUAUGACAGGUUGUGUUUUGUCACCCAGUCUUUUUAAUAUAUACUUUGAAGGAAUCUUUAGGGAGGCUUUGGAUGCCAGACAAGAAGAAGUAAGACUAGGCGGAGAAGUUAUCAACAAUAUCAUAUACGCUGAUAAUACAGCAGUUCUUGCAGAAAAUUUGCAAGAUCUCCAGACAUUAGUAAAUCUAGUCAGUGAAGCAUUUCAAGACAAAGUGGAUGGCAGUUGUAAAUAUUAAUAUACAUCAAGGUCUGCUUUCUCUUAAGGAGAGGAGAACAAGUAAACCAUUUUAUAUACCUUGGCAGCUGGUUAAAUGUAAAUUGUGACUCUGCUGAAGAGAUAACCAGGAUUAAAAUAUCACGUCAUGCUUUUAUGACCUAGAAACCAGUUUUAUGUAACAGAAAUCUGUUGAUGCAUAUUCGCAAGAAGGGCCUGAAGUGUUCUAUCCUAUUAUAUGGUUGUAAGACCACAAUGCUAAACAAAUUAAAAGCAUUCGAAUCGUUGUGCUAUCGGCAGAUCCUAAAAAUAUCGUGGAUUUUGCACACUUCCAACAAAGAUGUUCCUAAUAUGAUGGAUUCGGAACGUCUGCUUAUAAACAUUAUAAAAAGGAGAAACACAGAUAAUUAGAGGACAUUUAUACCAUCUACAUCCCUUUAUAAUAAAAAAAAAAUGGAGGGAAAGAGAUGGAUUGAUCGAAAGACACUUUUAUGACUGAGUAAUAUUAGGCAAUGGUGUCUCUGCAACGUCUGACUACGGACACGGCACCUAAAGAAGAAAUCUAAAAGGACUAGAAACAUUUAUAAACACAAAUGUUAUAAACAAGUUGAACAUCCAACACACAAUAUUAAGGACAAUAAUCAGUUUAUACAACGAGUACCAAAAUUCACAAAUUUAGCCUGAACACUUUGAAUAAAGACUAUAAUAUAUUAUAUAUUAUAGGAUUAUUAAAAUAAAUUUAAAAAAAGUAAAACCGAAAGAGUCCGUUUCUUAAGAUGAAAAAGUUACUGUGUAAUAAAAUUAAAGCUUAGAACAACAUAUAAAUGCCUUGUCUCAUGUUAUAUUUAUUGCGUUUUGUUGUCCGGUGUUAAGGUGUGGAUCCUAUCAAAUGUUACGGAUAAGUACAUACAAGCAUUUGAAAUGAGGGUAUAUAAAAAUUCUCAGAAUCUUGUGGACUGAUGGAAUUUCCAACAAGGAAGGUCUCAGACGGAUAAAUAUUAAAACCACUAUUUAGAAUAAAAACAAAGAAAAGUAUGGGUUAUUUAACGCAAUAAACAAAGUAUAAAAUUGAUGAUUACCAACGUCUGGAAUGGAUAGGGCGGUCAAAGAAGAAAAAGAUCCUCUCUAUUAUAAUUAUAUAAGUAUGUACGUUCCUGUAUCUAUGUACUAAGUUACUAUUUUGUGUUUAUUAUUAAACAUUUAAAACAUUGUAUCACAAAAUUUGAAAAAUGUUUCUUAAAAUUCUCACCCUGACUGUGAAAAUCUAGAUCUUUAUACAUUCCGGUGUUUAUUUUGAUGCUUAAACUUGAAAAACAUUUUAUUCUUAGCUAACUAAUGUACUAUUAUAUAAAUAUCUACUAUUUUUUAAUGACAUGGCCUUAAAAUAUAGCAACAUUUUUAUUAUAUAUAAUUUUAGAAAUUUUAAUAUACGUAUUUUUAGAAGAAAUAAUGAGAAUUUUAUGUAAUGUUAUAAAAUUGAAAGGUUCCUAACUUCUACAACUCCCGCAUACAGCAUGAAUAGGGCAGGUUUGAUAAAUUUUAGGGAAAAUACGAAUACACAACGAUAUAAUAUAAAUUAUAACUAACAGCUCAAAAUAACCCACUGAUAUACUGAUUAAUAGUUAAGGGUUUGAUUUUAAAAACAACAUAUGGCAAUGUCAAAUGUCUGCAUUUCUAAAGACAUAAUUGCCCAAUCUUUGCACGUUAAGGGGAGGCUUAACUUUAUAUCCCUACAAUAUGUUACUGUUAAUGUAAUAAACGAAAUUUUUUAUGUUUUGCGAUGUCUAAAGGAUGUGACAUGGUACUAUAAAAGUGUAGUUGUAAUAUUGUUGUAUAAACUGUAUAGAUAACGACUUGUAACCAAAAGCCACUAUAAAAUAUCAUGUUUUGUUUUAAAGAAGAGUUAAUUAAUAAGUUGUUUAAUGUUAACUUACCCUCUUUUUAAAGUGGGAAGUAUGCUUAUACAAUAUGUUCAACCUUUAAAUUUUCAACUUACGUUGCAAGUUACAUCUUGCCAAAAACAAUUACUUGCUUUUUUGUUACAUAAAGGUUUUUGUUAUAUAAAACAACUAACAGACCAGAGAAAUUAGUAAAGAAAAAGACUUUUCGUGACCCUCUUUAUUACAGGUAUCUAACAACUGCUUUUGAUCAAUUUGGUGAUAACAAUAUGUAAUAAACAAAAUAUGUGAAAGCUUAAACCUAAUUUUUUACUUAUAAACAAUAUAACGAGCAAUCUACAAUUACUUUCAUCAAAGCUAUCCGAGCAAAAAAUUACGUAUGUCUUGUAUUAAUCUAAAUUUGUAUUAGUGGUUUAUAAAUUAAUUUUGAUUAACACUGUAAAACAUAAAAAAAUCAACCAGUACCUUUAACAUAUAACUUUAAUCAAAAAUCAAAAAGAUAUAAGUAAUAAUAAUAACUAAAAUUAAAGAAGAUACUCUAUAUGUCCACUCAUCUCUAACGACACUUUUUUAUUGAUAUCAUUGUUUAAGGCCCACGAAGUAUUAUUUACCUAAUUUUUCAAUAUAUUCUUUGUCCAAGAUCUUCUAAAUCUGCUACAGGAGUUUAAAAAAUCGAUUUUUUUUAAAUGUGGCCACAGAAAGAAAUCGCAGAGAGUCAAAUCGCAGGAUCGAGGAGG